GGAGUGAUGAAUUAGUUAGUAAACUAAUAAAGUUAAGAUAUGAGAGGAGAGAAGAGUUUAGAGCUGCUGGGAAAAGUUCAACUACAAGAGGUGUUUGGGCAAAAGUAGUUCAAGAUUUGGGCAUGGAAGAUAAAGUCAGUGCUUCACAAGCUCGUAAAAAGUGGCAUAAUCUAGUUCAUAGAUUCAGAGAGAUAGAGAGCAAAACUGCAGGAGGCAGUACUGAAGAUCAUACAUGGCCUCAUUAUAAUCAGAUGCAAGCUAUAAUGAAAGAGUUAACUGUGUAUGAAAAUCCAUCAAUAUUAGCUACUGGUAAUGAUAAUGAACCUGUGAAAAUACAGUUUGCUGAUUCAUAUGCAAAUGAUUCGCUUUCAAAUGAUGAAGAGAUACUGGAUUCUAGACCUACAAAACAAGACAGACAAGAACAUUUAGAUGAAAGGUUUAUAAAUGCUAUUGAAGAAGGAAAUCAGCAAUUGAAAGCCAUGCAAAAAACUUUAGAGAGACAAGGAGAAACAUUUUUGCAACUUAUGUCUCGAAUUGUUGAUAUUAUGGAGAAUCAAAGUAAUGAUGACAUGUCUAUGUGAUGUAUAAUGAUGAUAAUAAAUAGUUUAUUAUUUUUA